AUGCGCGUCGGCCAAGAUGAGCGCGUGAGUCUCAUCCCCGAGCGCACCGCGGGCGACGACGGCGCCCCCGACGCGUCGUUCUCGUCGUCGACGCGCGCGCGCGCGUGCCUCAACACCCAUCGCAGCAAGUUGACGUGGGCGUGCGUCGCCGUCGUUGUCGCGCUCGGCGCGGUGUGCGGCGUCGAGUUUAAGCUAGAGCGCGAUCGCGAAAUCGCGUGUCACACGCGCACGGAUCGGGGGAUGGGCGGACCGGGCGUGGUGCGACUGGGAGAGGGGCUGACGCCGCGCCGAGUCGGCGACUUUGGGGACGCGGCGGCGGCGGCGAAGGCGUUCCCCCUCCGUGCCGGUCACGAUGAUUAUUCAAAGUACGACAGCGUCGCGCUGAAAGAAUUAGUGAUGGAACACUUGCGCGGAAAGUGCGAAGGGAGCGGGUUACCGGUGUUCUUGCACAUUCCGAAGACGGGCGGGACGACGAUCGAGACGGUGCUGGGGACGUUGGGAAUCGACGUCGGGUAUUGUCACAAGCGACCGUUUGAGUUCCGGAAGAAGUACAUCGGGUACGAGCAGUGGCACACGCCGCCGGCGGCGGAGGUGCCGGAUUCGUUCGCCAUCGUGAGAAAUCCUUACUCGCGAGCGCAGAGCGAAUUUUUGUGGCGCAUGAAUUGGUUGGACAAGGCGCUCUUCCACAGCUUGAGGCCUGGAUACGACCCCGAGAAUUGCAAGAAGUUUGAGAAUCACAUCAAGCAGCAGGUUCACGACGCCCACAAGUCCGAGUUGUCGCAGUGCUACCAAGAGGUCGAGUACACCAUCCAAGGCAUGAACGAGUGCGACGGAAAGAUUGCGGCGAGGUUGAACGUCGAAUCGCACUGGCUCCCGCAAUCCGUCACGGCGGCCAGCGCCUCGCGCUUGUUCCGCUUCGAAGAGUGCAUGGGUCCAGAGGAAGGCACGUGCCCUCGUGUAAGAGGCGAAGGCGAGCAGCCCAACGUCGUGUCCUUUUUACGUUCCCGAUUUCACCCCGCGGUGUCCAUGGCUUCGCACGAAAACGAUUGGAACGCCGCCGUGGUAAAACCCAACCUUCACGCGUGCUGGGAAAACAUGAACCCCAGCGUGUUGAACGCAUUCAACGCCUUCUUCAAGCACGACGUUUCAGCCUUCGGAUACGAGAUGGUGACCCCAGCCCACGCCCUGGACGCCCCCGACGGCGGAUUCCACUACGCUCCGGCGCUCGCGCUCGCGCCGAAAACUUUGGGCGAGAUCCAAGCCGAGCUCCCGAGCGGUGACGUCGUCCAGGCCAACGUCGGUCCGCAGUGUUAACCCCGCGCGAUGUCGAUCGAUCGCGCGCGACGUGCGGUCGGUAAUCAACCCCAAGACAUCGCAGACGUUUCCCCGUCGCCGCGCGCGCGCGCUCGAGCUCGCCGUCGUCGUCCCGACCGUCGCGCUCGACAUCGCGUCGCGCGCGCCUCGCCCGAACUCGAGCUCGCGCGCGUCGCGCGCGAUGCCCGUCGCCCGCGUCCUCCCCCGCGCCGCGCUCGCGUCGCUCUGGCCGCGCGGCGCGCGCGAACCGUCGCGCGCGCGUAACGACCGCGCCGCCGCCGACGAUGACGCCGACGACGACGCCGCGG